GAGAGAGAUCUCUACAAAUGAGAAGAAACCCUAAUCCCUAAAGGUACAGCUUUCUAGAAAUCUCACAAAAACACUUCACUCGCCGUUGAAUCAUGGUCGUCCCUCUUAGUUCUAUUCCUCCAUCUCGCGAGGGAUUUUACGCAAUAAACAACCAGUUUCUAGCAAAUGGACCAAAAGGGUUUAUGGAGUUUAAGAUGUUGGAGAACGAAGACAUGUUCGUUCGUAUAGAUUUUCCCGGAGUUCCAAAAGAUGGUGUGAGGGUUUUUCUUGACCAGUCAAAGAAAGCUGUUUGUAUCUUCGCCGACGCGCCAAAGGAACACAAAUACGACUUCUCUGAAAGGAACUACGGUACAACCACCGGACUAAUCUGCAGAUGCUGUGCAAUCUCCGGUUUCACUUCCCUCAUGUCUGAUGGUGUUCUUAGGCUUCUCCUCACCAAGACCAAAAUCACUCCACAACGUUCCUCCUGCAUUUCGUUUCUUGGUGGCCCAGAUUUCAGAGAAGAUCUCCGUGGCGAUGGUCCUCACAAAUUCCCCCAUGGCACAGAUCCUCAUGACCCCAAUUUAUCCGGUAGGAUAUUGAUGCCACACCCAUGUGUGAACUACGGAUCCGAGAUGGCUUAUGAGUCCAAGCAGCUUCAAAAUGGUGGUCUAUACGUGCGUGUAGACAUGCCAGGCGUCCCCAAAGAGAACUUCACCGUCUUAGUCAUAAAUGGGAGAGUGAAGGUAACUGGUGAAGCUCCUGCCCUUAGCCAUGACUCAAGUGGACGUUUCUACUCUGGUGACGUGGCUAUGCUCUCUACCCUUAUCGACAUUCCCGUCCGUAAGAUCAAGACCAUUGCUAAGAACGGUGUGAUCCGUUUGAUCAUCCCUCCCGUUUGAUUCCAUGAUGAUGAUCAAGCGAUGUUUUUCCGUUUCUUUAACUUCGUGACCUCUUGUGGACUUCUUCUUUAGAUACAUAUUAUGGUCAUUGUUUUGAGCUAGCUUAUGUUUUUUCUGAACUUGGAUAUUUAUAUCUCGUCAAAAAAAAAAGACUAA